UUCCAGCCAAUCGAGUUGAGCUCGAGCUCGAAUAUGCCCAGCGUCGGGGCACUGUCCACGGGUCUGUCGGCGCGACCGGUCAUCGUGUGGAACGGCGCACAGUAUACGGCAAGCAGCAGGGAAUUGGAAUUGGAGCUGCUGCGACGCGAUUACGGGCUGGAUGAGCGUAUGCUGGAGACGACGCUAGUGCCGCGCUACAAACGCCACAGGCCGCAGGCCAGCGCCAAAAACGCCCACGUUCGUCGCUCACCAACUGUCACAUCCGCAUCCGCAUCCGCAUCCUCUGAUUGGAUAUUGCGGCAGGGCAACAGCAGCGUUGCCCAAAUCAACUUUCAUCCGUGGACGGAGCUGGGUGAACGCAAAUUCUCGCACUUCGAUCUGGUGCCCUGGCGGCGUACGCGCAGCGCCUUGGAUCUUAGCUGUGCGGCAGAUUAUAGUGGACGGAGCUGCAGCAACAACGAGACGACGACAACGACAGCGACACAAAUUGCACAGAAGUCACUGCGUGGACUCGAGAAGCUCGAGUUGCGCCACAAUCGGCGGCGCCUGCAACGCGCCCGUUCCACGCAACAGGGUCUGCGUCGACUGGUGCGCGUCCGGCUGAUCUUCUCGAUUGAGCUGCGGCACAAGCGCAUGGAGCUGCUGCGCCAGAGUGCGCUGCCCAUGCGUGUUUUCGAGCAGCGCUUUGCGCUCACCGAAAACGAGAGCGCCGCCUACGAGCGCAUCCUGCUGGACGCCAACGCUGGCGUUGAGCAGCACGUUGGCUACUUUAGCAGGCGGCAGACUGAUCAACAGGCGGCUGACGACAAGCAGCUGGUUGUGGAUUUUGCCAGCGAAACGGAAGUCGAAGCCGAGGAAGUCGACGAGGGUGAGGCGCAAUACGCAACGAUAGCAGCGGCGCCACAAGCGGCUCCAUCUGCGGCAGCAACGCAAAGGCGAAAAGAAGAAGAGGAAGUGACUGUUACUGUGGGGAAGGUUGAAGUGCCAUGUGUCAAGUGUCGCGAUAUUGCCAUCAAGCUGAGAACCAUCAAUGAUUAUGCGCUCAACUCGAAUGUAAACUUAAAGCACAAUAACAAAAACAACAACAACAACAGCAACAGCAACAACAACAGCAACAGCAACAACAACAACAGUCACAUCAAUAUCAUCAACUACAACAACAAUAAACUGAACAAACUGCACAGCAUCAACCAACCACAAUCUGAAUAG